CACCUAGGCAUGGCCAGCGAAGAAAGAGCUUACGGCGUAACGCCGCCCAUCUCCACAGCCCUUCCGACGGAAUUGGAGAACCAGGCGAAAGAGGCACUCAUUGAGGAACUCAAGAAGCAGAAUACAUUCGAAACACGACAAUCUAACACAUUCCUUGGCGAAUCUAGGUACCAGGUCAUCAACCACCUGCAGCAGAUUUGCGACGAAUUCGUAAAAAGAGUAGCUCGCAAAAGGGAAGAAGGAAACGAGGCUCUCAUUAGAGAUGCGAGAGGCCAGAUUUUCACCUAUGGCAGCUUUCGCCUGGGCGUCUACGGCCCCGGCUCCGAUAUCGAUACUCUCGUCGUCGCCCCCAAGUACGUUACUCGGUCCGAUUACUUCGAAAUAUUCCCCGGUCUGCUCAAGGAAAUGGCCCCGACCGACGCAAUAACGGAUAUGGCAGUGGUGGAGGAUGCCUUCGUCCCCAUUAUCAAGUUCGAAUUUUUUGGCAUCAGCAUCGACUUGAUUUUCUCCCGUAUUGCCAUGCUGAAGCAGCUGCCCAAGGAGUUCAAUGUCCAGGACUCCGGCUUGCUUCGAGGUUUAGACGAGGCAGAACUUCGCUCCUUGAAUGGUACGCGUGUUACGGACGAGAUUCUAAGUCUUGUACCGGAAGAGGCUACCUUCAAGUUAGCACUGCGCGCCAUCAAACUUUGGGCACAGCGACGCGCAAUCUACGCCAACAUCAUGGGCUUCCCCGGUGGUGUGGCAUGGGCGAUGCUUGUCGCUCGAGUUUGCCAGCUGUAUCCGAAGGCCGCCAGCUCUGUCAUCGUUAACAAAUUCUUCCACAUCAUGCGCCGUUGGCCGUGGCCGCAACCCGUACUGCUGAAGAAUGUGGAAGGUGGUCCUUUGCAGGUUCGCGUCUGGAAUCCCAAGGUUUAUAAAGGGGAUCAAUUCCACCUCAUGCCCGUCAUCACCCCCGCUUACCCUUCCAUGUGUGCGACCUACAAUAUCACACGAUCUGCCAUGACAGUCAUCCAACAGGAGUUGACAAGAGGUUGCGAGAUUACAGACAACAUCAUGGUUGGCAAGAAUCCGUGGAGUGAUCUGUUUGUGAAGCAUACCUUCUUCACCCAGGGAUACAAAUACUACAUUUCAGUCAUCACUGCGAGUACUGACAAAGAAGCCCACAAGAUAUGGUCUGGUUACGUCGAGUCAAAAGUUCGUGUCUUGGUCCAGGGCUUGGAGCAGCAUCAGUCUAUAGCAUUGGCACAUGCGUUCAAUAAGGGCUACGAGCGCCGUCACAGAUGCACGAGCGACGAAGAGGUCCAGCAAAUCCAGGCAGGAAGCUUGGAUUUCCUUGUCAAAGACAGCCAGGCCACGGACGACGCGAGUGCUUUGAAGGAAGAGAAGCUCGAAACCAAAGCUGAGCUGAACGGAAUUCCAGAUCUCAAGACCGAGACAGACGGCAUUCCCGGGCUUAAAGCUAAAGCGCUUGAUACGGACGUGGGCUCAAAGAAGGAGGUUACCGAAGGGGACAAGCUCAAAUUGGAGGAUGAGCAUCAGGUCAAGCUGGAGGACUGCAAACCACGUUCGCCUCUGACCGACGUGUACACUACAACGCACUAUAUCGGCCUUACAUUGAGCGAAGGCGCCAAAUCGCUUGAUCUAUCGUAUCAGGUAGACAACUUUAAGUCGCUGUGUACUUCGUGGGAUAAAUAUGAGCCGGCACUCAACUCUCUGACGGUCCAGCAUGUGCGAAGUUUCAACCUCCCCGACGACGUCUUCGAACCUGGCGAAAAGAAGCCCCUGAAGCCUCAGAAGAGGCAAAAUGCCACCAAUGGGGCUGCGCAAGUCAAGAAACGAGGUGCUUCAGAGGAAACUCCACAGCCUCCAGCAAAACGCCAGGCCGCUUCUCUGACUGCGGUCGGUUGA